CCACGUGAGCAUUGCGUCAUUUCCCGUGCGCCCGCCCCCACACUGUGUGCAUGAUCCGUGUGCUGGCUUGCUGCUUUUGUUAUAAGAUAUCUCUGUUUGUUGGUAGUUAGAAACAUAUAAAGGGAUCAGUAAUUAGAAUAGCUGUUGUGAUGGCUGAAGCGAUUCAGAAGAAAUUACAGUCUGAGUUGGAGAAAUAUCAACAACUGCAAAAAGAUGUCAGUAAAAGUAUGUCAGCAAGACAGAAACUGGAGGCACAAUUGACUGAAAAUAAUAUUGUUAAGGAGGAGCUUGCAUUGUUGGAUAGCCAAAAUACAGUUUACAAACUAAUUGGGCCAGUUUUAGUCAAACAAGAUCUAGAUGAAGCCAAAGCAACAGUGAGCAAGAGGUUGGAGUACAUCAAUGGUGAAAUUCAGCGCUAUGAAACUCUACUGAAGGAGAUGGAGAGAAAGUCUGAGCAGCAUCGGGAAGUUCUCUCCAGCCUGCAGCAGGAGUACCAGCGCGCUCAGGGUCAGGCUGUUGGGAAAGUCUAAAUGGAUUAUGAUUCUAAUCCAGCAAAACUCAGAGACUGAAUAUGCCUGCUAAUAACACAUGCUUGCUCACAUGUAUAUUAACAGAAUUCUGUGGAUUUUUUGUUUGAUCCUAUUAGGCUAUCAAUAAAUUUUGUUUAUUUA